UAUUUCUAGUAGGGUGAUAGGUUGAAGAGUGCGCACGAUGAGGGUUGUUUUAUAUAAGACCCCUAAUCCGUGACAUGCUUGCUUAGUGACUUGUUAUCCGGUUACGUCAAGCAUACUGUAACUAACGGCGCUUUUGUUUCACUUCAUCUUGCAAGCAACAGAUAACAUGGUUUCGUCGAUACUUUUCGUUAUUAGCGUCUCGAUUGUGAUGCUUCAUCAAGAUGGUUUAGCGCUAUUUUUGCCGAAGCGAGUUGAUCCCCUAACGCGAACGGGUAUAACAGAUCCAAAGAAGAGGCCAUUCUGCAACGCAUUCACAGGUUGCGGACACAAGCGAUCGAAUUUGCCGGCUUUAACAAAUCGCGGCGAACCUGUGGAAGAAUCAAUUGGUAGCCUAUUGGAAUUAAGUGGGGAGCCCGCUGUGGAAGAUUUAUCUCGGCAAAUAAUGUCAGAAGCUAAACUGUGGGAAGCAAUUCAAGAAGCAAAUGUUGAAUUAGCUCGCCGUAAACAGGAAUCUGCUGAAAGCCUUGAUAAUGAUCCCUCAUCUCCUGCUAGAAGCGCCACCGCUUCGUGCGCCCUUCCUCCAUGCUACAUUAAAUAAAUUUCUUUAUUGAUUUCACAUAAAAUAGCUUACUGUGUUGAAUUUAGUUAAUAGAUGUCACUUUUCUAAUUUAAGACCUCUAAUCUCAAUUUUUAAAUCGAUUCUGUUGUAGCAAGACGAUUUUCUGUAACGCUGUUAGUAGGCAAACGUAUUAGACUGCAUCAUCCCCAAUUUUAAUUAAACGCAACGUUACUCGAGUGCAUAUUGUAUUUUCUACAGCUCAAUAAUAGGUACACAUUGUUAUAUCACUUAUAUUUUUUGUUCGAUCUCAUGUGUAGACAAUGUAAUG